GAUGACGUUGACGUUGACCGACGCAUCCCCGGUGUUUUUGAUUUUCAGCGCGUCUCCCACAGCCGAGUAAGGAACUUGAAGGUUCAACAAUGGAAACCAGCGGCAGUUCGAUGAUCAUGUAUGAGGAUGAGUCGAUGGAUGUUCGGUACGGAGACGGAGCCCACCUGCAGCUGUCGCCGUGCGGAUGUGAAUUCUUGCUGGUGAAACCCGCAGACCCCUCCGGACAUCCUCUUCAACCCACGGAGAGAGUUCGACAGAGAACUAGAUUCACAAUCAGUUCCUAUAAGGAGUUAUUGGUGGCUGCGUUGGCAUUUCGGAAUAAAUAUGCAAGUCGACCAUAUCUACCAGACGAACUCAUCCCCACUGAGUGCAAGAAGCCUUUUUUCAGCAUUGACUCAGAGGUGCAGUGGCCUGAGCGGUCCUCCCACGAUGCUGAGCUCGGAUCCGGAGGCGAGACCAUCGUCAGGUCAGAGGAGGGCCGAGCUGCGCUGAUGCUUUCGCCCUCAGGUGAAGAAUUCUCCGUCGAGUUCACGUGCAGCCUCAGUCGGACUCAGAAUCGGCACGACAGCACGCAGGGUUUCAGAAGAGACUCUGACAGCAGCCCAGGCAAUCUGAUCUGUCAGACCACUAAUGAGGAGACCAAAGAGGUUCAUCAGGGAAGGCGAAGCAGAAGGAAUGAGUCUGUUAGAUCAAGGUCCAGCUCCCCUCGGAUCAGCAGCACUGCUCAGCCAAAGCCAGAGGAGACGUUCCAGUCCACUGCAGUGGUUCAGCAUCACUCCUGCUGCACUGUCGCCCCUGUCUGGUGCUACCCUCUCUCCUUGGCUCGCCAGCUCUGGACAGCUCGGAUCUCUAAACCUGAAGAUGUCGGAGCAGAGGGAGCCGGCGUUCUCACCCAGGCCCUCAGCAAAAUGAACAUGUCAGACACAUCCAGUGGAGAGAGAAAGUCUUGCCUCCCUCAGGCACUGCCUCUCACAUGUCCAUCACCUCACCGGCACAGGUGGAAGGUAAAAUACCCCCUGGCCCAAACAGAACAUUCAGACCAAGAUCUUCCAACCGAGCUGGUAAAAGUGAUGUGGUGUAAUGGAGUCACCUACAGGAUACUGAGUGGGACCGUCUCAGUUGUAGAGGUUUCCCCGGGAGAUGGGUCAGUUAUCCGAUCAAACGGUGUCCUCAACACUUAUUUUACCCAUCACAAACCUGAGCUCCUGUCAGGGCAGGUUAAAGAAGUAACAUACCAUCUCAACAACCUUCCCCCUGACAUUCCCGGUCAGCCGUACUCCAUAUGCUCUAUUGUAUGUCGUGCAAGCAGGAUCCUCUCUUGCUACAACGACGCUAAGCAGUCACUGAAGCUCUCUUCCACACCUAGCUGCUUGGAAGGACUCAAAGAAGAUGGACAUUUUUAUAAACCCACAAUGAUUGAAGAAAAUCUGUCCAAUCCUGUAUCUGUUGUGCAGCAUGUGAACGUCACACAGAGAGCACAAAGUCGGACAUGUCUUGUAGCUGCAGAACUGGAGAAGAUAAAACGAUUCAACUUUCUGCUGGAGAACCACCACCUGCUAAGGAGUGAGAAGCGAUGUGCAGAACAGGAGGACAGCUCUGCGGAGGAGGUGACUCAUGAAGCAGUGGACGAGAACUACGUCGCUGAAGCUCUUCAGAGAACAUCCAAAGCCAUAGAGGACAUUGAUGCUGUCAUAUCUGCAGCUCUGUUGACGUGAAAGAGUCAUGAAGAAAAAAAAAACUCCACUCUUCUAGCUUGAUCUGCAUUUGGUACAUCUCAUAUAGAACGGUUUUACUGAGCUGACUGAAAUAAAGAUGCUUGCACGUGGCUUGUAA